CGGUGGGAGCGCGACUAGAAUACAAGACACUACUUAUCAGCAACCUUGGAUCGCAGCUUUCUGAUGAGCAUGUAGAGGACGGACUGUUUCAUGAGUUUAAAAAGUUCGGGGACGUGAGCGUCAAGCUGUCUCACACGCCAGAACUGGGGCGCGUUGCCUACGUCAACUUCAGACACACGGAAACCGCGCGGGAAGCGCGUCAUGCCAAAACCAGAUUGGUGCUAUAUGAUCGUCCACUCAAAGUUGAGCCCAUGUACAUGCGGCGUCGCAGUGUCACGCCUCCAGAUGUGAGUUAUGUGUCUCUGCACAGUGCUGCCUACACUUACAGGCAGCGGUCUCUUUCACCGGGCGCUGGGAGUAGUGCCCUUCGAGAUAUGAGACCCAGGCAUUACAUUGAUGGUAUGGGACUCAGCAGGGAUCGUGUUUUGGACUAUUACAGCACUUUGGAGGAGAGAAGCCGUGCGUAUGCGUAUCAGCUUCCUGAGGAGAACUUAAAACCAGAGGAUGAUCAGAGAGCCACAAGGAAUUUGUUCAUCGGCAACUUGGAUCAUAAUAUUUCUGAGGUGGAACUACGACAAGGAUUUGACAAGUAUGGGAUUAUUGAGGAGGUCGUUAUCAAGCGGCCCGCCCGUGGACAAGGGGGCGCGUAUGCUUUUCUUAAAUUUCAAAACUUGGAUAUGGCUCACCGGGCCAAAGUGGCCAUGCAGGGACGUAUGAUUAACGGCAACCCGAUUAAGAUCGGAUACGGGAAGGCCAAUCCAACGACUCGGCUCUGGGUGGGCGGACUUGGCCCGAAUAUCUCGCUGGCAGCUUUAGCCCGCGAGUUUGAUCGCUUUGGGAGUAUUCGCACUAUAGACUACGUGAAAGGAGAUAAUUUUGCUUACAUUCAUUACGAGAGUCUGGAUGCAGCACAGGCUGCUUGUGCGCAAAUGCGCGGCUUCCCUCUGGGCGGUCCGAAUCGUCGGCUGCGUGUGGAUUUUGCUAAAGCUGAAGAGACGAGGGUGUACCCUCAACAAUACCAGCCGCCUUUGCUCCCGCCUCCACAUUACGAACUUCUAGCUGAUGGUUACGGACGCCACCACAGCCUAGAGAGAGAACUGAGAGCGAGGGCUCGGUCACCGUCACACCCCCUGUCUGCAGAGCAAGAAAGAGAGCGCCUUUCGGACCAGGACUGGAGUCCGCUGAAAGGACUUGAGCGGCGAGCAAACCCUCCGGAGGCGUUUGGGCGGGUCAGGCAGCGCAGUCGUAGCCGCAGCAGGGAGCGCUGGGUAAAGGAGCGAGAGCUAGAACGUGGGAAAAACUGGGAGGAGCGGCGCAAGCGAAGGAGCCUCAGUCCCAUCGAUCGUCCGGCAGAGGAACGCGGGAGGUCAAAGCUCAGAGGCGGGGUGCCGUCUACUCCCGAAGACAGCCCGGACAGGGGCUGCGGCCGUCUCCCGGACUCCACCUCAGAACCUCUUGAUCACACCCCCGACAUCAGCAGACACUCCAGCGACAAACGUCCUGCGCAGGAUGAACCUUUACAUCCAAGAAAGGACGAGCGUGAUCGCAAUCACCGCAAAAAUGCGAGCGACCCUGACUCGCAGACAGACAAGUCCAAAACGGACUCCAAAAAGCCCAGCACGCUCUUCGAAUACGCCCAGACCUUGAGUCGCGUGUGGCACGGUUCUCUCGUUCUUAAAAACAGCUGCUUCCCCACAAACAUGCACAUGCUCGAGGGAGGCGUGAACUUUCUCCAUGCCCUCAUGAGAGACAACCAAGCAGGCGGUUCCAAGAUCACACAGCUUAAAAUCGCUCAGCGGCUGAGGUUGGAUCAGCCCAAACUAGACGAGGUGACGCGGCGCAUCAAGAUAGGCAGCCCGGACGGCUACGCUGUCCUCCUCGCCGUCCAGGGGCCCAUGGACCGAGAUGCCCCUCUUCCAGAACCGGGCCUUCAACAGCGCCUUCUCCGCAACCUGGUGACGUACCUCAGGAACAAGCAGGCAGCAGGAGUCAUCGGCUUGCCCCUCGGCGGCCCCAAAGAACGAGAGAUGGGUGGCAUGUUGUACGCCUUCCCUCCAUGUGACUUCUCGCAGCAGUAUCUCCAGGCUGCUCUGAAAACUCUUGGGAAACUUGAGGAGGAGCACCUGGUUAUCGUGGUUGUUAGAGACUCACCUUAACACUUCAGUUCCAACUCUAGAACGUUCCAAACAGAUUUUAUGCCUUUUAUGAUUUUAGGAUAGAUGUACCUUUUUACUUUAAUACUCUCACACAGUCCACUUGAUCAGCGUUUCCUUAAAACGUUUUGGGAAUUAUAUAGCAUCCCCAGAAAAGUAGUUUUAUAAACUUGCCAACGAGUUUUCCGUCAAGGCGUUUUAAAUUUCUUUCAGAAGUGUUAAAAAUUUUCCAUUUUAUUCUAUUUAAAAUGUUUUAUAUUAUUGCAUGCACAAGCAAUUUGACUGAUGUCUCCUUCCAGUGGUUCACUAUAAUGGACGUAAAAUGUACUGGGCCUCACUUUUAAAACUCAAAUCUGUGUGAAUUUUUUCACAAAUCCAUUCAUCAUUGAACUGUCGCAUUCAAUUCACUUUAAAAAUGUUUUUACACUCGUUUCAUCAUUAAGGUCUGUUUGUCUGGAAUUCAUGUAUAAUAAUUUAUUAGUGGCUUUUUACUCCGUAACACAUUCAGUAACCGUUCUUCCCUCCAUUAUUACGUCCGCUGUCCGUUUCACAAACCCUAGAUGUUUUAUUUUGUUUUUCAGAAAUAAAACAGUACUUGACAUGGCAGUAUGUUCAGUUCAGGUGAGGCGUUUGUGUCAUGACUGACGGCAUCUACCUCUUUAACCAUGUAACAUCAGGUAAGCUAGAAAAAAUGAAGUUAGUCUUUGAGGCCACUGCAUUUUUAUGUAUAUUGUUAUAAAUAUGCACCUGCAGCACUAACAGAAAGGUCAUGUGACCAUACCUAACUUACUGAACGAGUACUGUACCGAUCCAGACGCACUAAUGUUUGUAAACGUUACAAACACUAUGGUUUAAACUUGUGUGACUGUUUGUUUGUACGCAGGAAUGUCAUUUUAAGCUGUUUUUCGACUGCCCUCCACUGGAAUGACUAUUUGCUAAAUCAUUGUAACCCAUUGAGCCAACACGUUU